AGGAGAGAGAUGCAGAAGGACAUGGAGGCUGCACCAAACUCCUCUGCUAAAAGAUUUGCUGUUGUUUCUUCAAAGCCACAGUCCCCUGCUCGGGGGCGGACGUCAGCAGUUCACGGCGCUGUUCGGACUGAGCGGGCCCAGGAGAUGGACCGGGUUCUGAUCCAGCAGCUGAGGGAGCGCUGUGAGCAGCAGGACCUGCAGGUUCAGAGCCUAAAGGCCCAGCUAAAGAAAGCCUCUCUGUGUCUGGACGUUUUCAGCAUCACGACCCAGCAUUUCUGUAUCAAGAGUGAGAGUGCCGUUGUGAAGGAGAGGGAACUGUCCCUGGAGCUCGCCAGAAUCCGGGAUGAAGUGGCUUUCAGUGUUGCACACUGGGAGCAACUGCAGCAGGAGAAGGAGAAACUGGAGCGCCGCUUCAAAUCUGAGCUGCAGGGAUUGCGGGCUCAGCAGCAGAAGGAGCUGGGAGUGCUGGAGGAGCGGCUGAAGGCGCAGCACCAGGCCGAGGCCCAGAGCCUGCAGGCCAAUCAGAGGGCCGAGCUCCAGGAGCUGCGGAAAAAACAGCGAGAGCAGAUUGAGGAGAUGAGUGAAGAUCAUGAGGCUUCCUUGAUGGAGAUGGAGACGGCUCACGACGACACUCUUGCCACUCUGCAGGAGGAGCAUGCCAGGACUGUGAAGAAUCUGAAGAUGGCCCAUGAACAGCAGACCAAAUCUCUAGAAGAAGACUUUCAAAAGAUCAGACUGUCACUGCAGGAUCAGGUGGACACGCUGACGUUUCAGAAUCGCAGCCUGAGAGAUCGAGCUAAGCGCUUUGAAGAAGCUCUACGCAAGAGCACCGAUGAGCAGAUAUUGGAUGCGUUGGCCCCGUAUAAACACAUUGAUGAGGACCUGAAGAGUCUGAAAGAAGUGCUGGAGAUGAAGAAUCAACAAAUCCAUCAACAGGAACAAAAGAUCUCAGAACUGGAGAAAAUAGCUGAAAAGAAUGUGUACCUGGAGGAGAGAGUACAAGUGUUACAGCAGCAGAACGAGGACCUGAAGGAGAGAAUUGACAAUAACCUUGCUGUGUCCAGGCAACUCUCUGAGGAUAAUGCUCACCUGCAGGUGAACGUGGAGAAGGAGAGCAAGGAGAAGAAACGUCUGAGUCGCAACAACGAGGAGCUGCUGUGGCGUCUUCAGACAGGCGAACUGAGCCCUCACAUGUCCCCCAGCGCCUCCCCCCUCCAUCGCCCCCUCUCUGGACCAGGCUCUCCGGCCCGCCCUCACUCCUACCAUCAAUGACACCCUCCAGGGAGGCUAUCGUAUCAAACGCUUUCUUGUUUCUGGCAUCGGAAACCAUGAUUUUUUAAAAACUCUUCUUGAAUGUUUAAAGGAUUUACCAGUAUGUUGACGGACGGACAUGGUGGAACGUGCGGUGCAUUUCCAAAGUCAAACCCGAGGACUUUUAAACUCUGACCUAAAGAAUUGUAUAAACGAUCAGGAGGGAAUCCUCUUUCUCUAUUCCAAAUGACUGAACAGACGUGCUGUGGGACUGAAGGGGAUUUUAGUCAUUCUAGACUUCAGAGAGCAGGCUCAAAGUACCGUGCCUCAUUUCCAUCUACAUCACCACCUUCUCAUCCAGCGCUCAGGAUGAUGGAUGAACAAGACAUUUCCAACAUCACAAGUGCAAGGACAAACACAAGAAGCGUCUUCUCCGUCCAUUCUCUCCCACCAGCAACUUCUAUCUAGGCACAGGCAAUACUUUGAGUAAAAUCACAGAACUACCUGGUUACUCUCAAAGUGCGGAUUCUUCUCUGGGGUAUGUUAACAUUUUCAUUCUGAAAUAUUUCAUAUAUCAGGAGUGUAUGAAUGACUACCAAUCCUACCUUAUCUCUCUCUCCUAGAAACUAGAUAUCAGUGAUGACCCUGAAAUGUAUGAUUACAACUCAUAAAUCCAUUUAACUGCCAACUAUACUAUUGACUAUAAGUUUGUAGAAGCGUGUACAUGUAUUGCUCUCUCUAAAGUAUGUUCUGUCUUCCAGUUAUGCAUUUUAUUUUAAGGUUACCUAGAGUGUGACAAUAUGGCAGGAAGUGUGUAGACGGCAACACAAGUAACCUCUUAUUCUUAAUAAAACUCACCAGGAUUUAUUCAAAUUAACACAGAAAAUAUAUCAUGGUGUUAUACAAAUUUCUUUGAAUGUGAGAUUGGCUUCAGUUAGGUUAAGAAAAUAAAAUGAUUUCCCACACAAGUGCAGGAUCUGCAGAUACCACCAAAGAGGAAACCAUUAAGCACAGCAUUCCUUGCAUUGUGGUCUAUAAUUGAUGGCUGUCAAAAUGUACAGUAUUGACCUGAACACAUAUAUCCAAUAUGUUCAUUAUGUUGAAUUUGUAGUUAUUUUUAUUUGUCUUUUGAAUUGUUGCUGUAUCUGUUGCUGUACACUUUUUUGCGAACAAAUACUGUAUAAGGUGAAAAUCUAAUUUAUACAAUAUUUCUAUUUUUGAAACCUUCAAAAUUGGCAAAAACCCUAUUGAGAGGUAAAAACCAACAUUUAUGUAAUGAGAAAACUAAAGUAGUUAGAACAAUCCUCGAAAACUGCAAACGGUUACCUCAUUUAUUAUUUUAGAUUAUAAUCUCAGGUAUUGUGGAGAAUAAUUAGUCAGCAAAGGGAAGAAACUGCCAUAUCUUUUUCUGUUGGUAUUAAUCCCAUUUUAAUUUUUGCUCAUGUUUACAUAAUCACCCAGCUCAAAUGUCUGUUUUGCAGGUAGUCCAUUGAAUGAUAUGAUUUGAAUGUACAGAAUAUGUAUAAAUAUGUUAUACAAAGUGCAAUCAGCAAAUAUGUACAAAUACAUUGAAGAAAUGUUGCUUUAAUACUAUAAUAUACUACAAAAAUCAGAUCCCCUCGGCCCCCAACAUGUGGAAAUAUGAUCAAGCGGUGAUACAGUAUGUUUGCAGGUGAGUUGUGUUAUGUAUGAGCAGCAAGGCAGAUAUAGAUUUAACUUUACUGUGUUCUGUGGAGUGGAAAUGGCCUUCCUCUCCAUCAGGUUCUCCGAUUGCACUGAUCGCCUCUGUGUCCCGUGGACAUGACCUUUUACUCAUUUCCUGAAUGUUUGUUUGACACUAGAUAUGAGGUUUUGUUUACAGUUUACAUCCAAUAUCAGAAAAGUUGGUGUUUCACGUGGAUGUGGGUACUUCUGUUGAUUGUUUACGGUUAACAUUGUAUUCAGUAUAUCAGAAACUGAGGCUCUGGUUUAUAUGAAAGCAUGUCUUUAUAAGGUCAUCGUGCAUUGUUCUUUGUUUUACUUUUCUUGUGCUUUUGUUUUAUUUAUUUAUUUGACCUCCUUCAGAACCGCAACUGUAGCUUAGCUGGUUAAAAUAUUGUGGUUAGUGAUGAGAAAUGUAUGUCUACACUGUACAGUAUAUGUUGCACUUUGUAUUUAAGUAUUAAAUCACGAUAAAAACAUAA